UUUUUCCUCAAGUUCACUCUGUCAGGUGUGUCCAUCACUUCACCUGUCGCUCUUGAGACUGUGCGGAAGAAUGAGGAAGUACAACUUGAGCAACAUUACAGGAGUGCUAUUCAAAAACUCAGUUGCAGCUGAGCAGGAUAACAAUGAGUCUAACAAGCAUGUUGGGCAAGAAGAUGAAAACUCUGACAGGGGAAACUGGAGCAGCAAAAGAGAGUACAUGCUGUCUAUGAUCGGCUAUGCUGUUGGUCUUGGAAAUGUGUGGAGAUUUCCCUACUUGGCUUACAAACAUGGGGGAGGGGCCUUCCUCAUUCCCUACACUAUCAUGCUGGCUGUUGCUGGCCUUCCUCUGUUCUUCAUGGAGAGCUCUUUUGGACAGUUUUGCAGCCAAGGCCCCAUCAAUGUGUGGAAAUCUGUGCCCAUACUGCAAGGUGUUGGCAUCACAAUGAUGCUGGUUAGCACUUUUGUGGCAAUCUACUAUAAUGUGAUCAUCGCUUAUAGUAUCUACUACCUUUUUGCAUCUUUUCAAUAUCCUCUCCCUUGGAGUGCGAAGGACUGCAACUCAACAGCUUACAACAUUACUGCCGCAGCACUGAAUGUGACUGCUGAGAAUCAAACCUGCCAGAAUGAAUUUUCAACAGGCCAGAGCCCCAGCGAGAAAUUCUGGGAUGAGGUGGCUCUUCAGCGCACUAGCAGUAUGAACGAGACAGGGCCGGUGGUUUGGCACCUUGCCCUUUGCCUGCUGCUUGCCUGGAUACUAGUCGGAGCAGCUCUCUUCAAAGGCAUAAAGUCCUCUGGGAAGGUGGUGUAUUUCACAGCUACUUUCCCAUACGUGGUUCUUUUUAUCCUGCUGAUUCGUGGUGUGACUCUGGAGGGAGCAAAAGAUGGCAUUGAGUUCUACAUCGGUACGAAGUCUAAUCUCACCAAACUGGCUGAUUCUGAGGUUUGGAAGGAUGCAGCUACUCAGAUCUUCUUUUCUCUCUCCAUUGCAUGGGGUGGUUUGAUGGCUCUGUCCUCUUACAAUAAGUUUUACAACAACACCUAUCAAGACUCCAUUAUAGUGUGCGUUACAAACUGUGGCACCAGUGUCUUUGCUGGCUUUGCCAUCUUUUCUAUCCUUGGACACAUGGCGCAUGUCUAUCAGAGACCAGUGUCAGAAGUUGCAGAUGCUGGUUUUGGAUUGGCCUUUAUUGCGUACCCUGAUGCUCUUUCUAAGCUGCCCAUUUCACCCCUAUGGUCAAUCCUGUUCUUUGUUAUGCUUAUUACCCUUGGCUUGGACUCCCAGUUUGCAGGAAUAGAGGUUAUCGCCACCUGCCUCCAAGAUGCCUAUCCCAAGCUUUUGAAGUCCAAUCGAGGAAUUGUUACGACAGCAGUCUGCAUUGUUCUCUUUUUGCUCGGCUUGCCAUGUGUCACAGGGGCAGGAAUAUACUGGGUGAAUUUAAUUGACACUUUUUGUGCUGGAUGGAUUCUCCUGGUCGCUGGAUUACUGGAGGUCUUAGGUCUUUCCAUCUUGUAUGGUGGCAAUCGGUUCAUCAAAGACAUCGAGAUGAUGAUUGGGAGUAAGAGCACCAUCUUCUGGUUAUGGUGGAGAGCUUGCUGGUUUUUUAUCACCCCAGUGGUUCUUUCUAUUAUCCUUGUAUGGUCCUUGUAUACUUUUACAUCCCCCACAUAUGGCUCAGUUGCAUAUCCAGAUUGGGGCAUUUCUCUGGGCUGGUGUAUGACUGCAUUUUGCCUCAUUUGGAUCCCUAUUCUUGCAGUCUGGAAAGUGUGCAAAGCUAGUGGAAGCCUCUGGCAGCGCAUCAAAACAGCCUGUUCACCCACAGAGGACUGGGGUCCUUACUUGGAGUGUCACAGAGGGGAGCGCUAUGGUACAAGAGGAGCGACUGAUUCAAAUAUAUUUGUGAUCUCAAAUAAAUCAACUAGGUUGUAAAAAAGUUUUAUUUAAGGAUAGUAUUUUAAUGUAUUUGUACAUAUAUGCAUAUGUAGCACUAGUCUCCGUGUAGUUAAAUGAACAAGAUAACUUACAUAAUUGUAAUCCUAUUGUUUGAUUGCUUGUGCAUUUUCUUUUUUUUUGUGAGUGUUGAAUUGUAGCCCAUUUAAAUAUUUUGUGGAUUUUAUUUUUUACCUUUUAUGAGAGGUUUGUAUGUUUACAUUUAUCUUUUCUUGGUGCGGUAUACUGUACAAAUGUGUUUGUACAAAGCAAGUACCAAAAGCUGGAAAGAGCUUUUAACAGAUUUUCACUGUUAAAAGCAGCAUUUGCUGACAUUUAAUUUGCUAAUGAAUCCCCCAAAUCAGAAGCCUGAGCAGAAAACUCAAACAGGCAAUUAAUGAUGGUAAACAAUGCUUUACAUGCCCAGAAAGCUCUUGAUGUUGUCGUAGCCAACGUAAUAUGUUACAAAGCACUGAAAGAGUAACAAUGAAGAAGUGAAAUUUGAAUCUGGAACCCAACACACUGCAGGAGAGCCACACCUGUGAUGCAAAUAGAAUCAUUUAAAUCUCUUUCAGAAAUAACUUGUCAAAGCACAACGGUGAAUGGAUGAGUAUAGGGAAAAUCAGGGCAAUGAUACACACUAGAGAAAAGGUGUGAUUGUCAUUUUGUGAGAAAUUUUCAACAACAAAAAAUACUUUUGAGGUACAAAAAUAGCUUUUAGAUUUCAGUAUUAUUUUUCUGCUGUAUAAAACAUUUUGUUUUUCAAGUAUCACAGCUGCCUCAUCUAUCCACUUUCAGAGGGUGAUUAUAACAGUUCUUUUAUUAAAUUAAAUACUAUGAUCUGAGUCUUUUUCUGUUGUAAGUCUAUUGUAAUAUGUAAUAAAUAUUAUAAUACUUUUUGACCUCUUUUACAGGCACUUUCAGUCAGUUUUGAAGAUGAUAUCCACAGCAUUUACAUAAGUAAAGUAUCUUUAAUUUUGUUUUAGUGCACUACCUAAUAGUUGCUGUUGUAAUCAGCCUUUUAAUGUCAUUUAUACAUUCAUUUUGAGGUUUAUCUUUAAAUGUGCUCACCAUUUCAAAGUGGUUCUCAUUGUCAUUUAGAUAAUCAUGUGGUUUUUAAGGAUCCAUCAGAUUUGAAGAGCAACACUUAUAAAUUGUGAACAGAUAACAAUCAUCCUAGAUCAAGAUUUAACACUGUAUUUAUUUUCACAACAAUAUAACCACUAUUUGCACUCUAGCAUUCUGUCACUGUUUGCCAUCAUUGGGUGCAAUUAUAGCACCAUGUAUUACUGUUUUUCUCCAUAUUCGUAUUUUAAUCUAUGCCAAGCAGGAAUGUAUAUAUUUAAUAUAUUGUAUACAUAAAUAAAAUAAUAAAAAAAGA